UGCAUCUUGAUUUCUGAUUGUAUGAAUACUUGUGUCUCUUCCUGUGCAUGUUCAGGCUUGCCUUCCAACUUCACCAGUAAAGACUACAGGGUACCCACAGAACCUGUGUGUAUCAUCGACAAACUGUGCGAACUUCACGACGGCCUGGUAGUAGAAGCUAAAGGAAUAAAAGAACACUGGUUCAAGCCAUACAUCAAGAAACUAUUUGACAAAAGGACUAUUAAAGGAAAACAAGAAAACUAUUCUGGCUUGCUAGACGUCAACAAUUUUGAAGUAAAUAAUAAAAGUAUCAAUAAAGAAUAUGAGGAGUAUGUUCUAACCCGAGGUGAUUUUGACGAGCGAAUCUUCCUUGGAGCAGAUGCAGAUGAAGAAAUAGGCACACCGGCGAAAUCUACAGUUGUCACGGUAACAGGAAAUUUAUCAGAAAAGAUGCAAGUGAAACGAAACCUACAGCAACAUUUUGACAAGACAAAAAGUCUGGCGCCCUCAACGCCACUCACAAACAGAAGGUACUUAAAAGAGAAAGAUCCCACGGUAACGCCAGUUUCCACAGCGACACAAGGUGUAAGCCGAUUACAAGCAUUACUCGCAGGACACAAAACAGGACCCAGUGAUCUAUUAGUUACUUUGUUCAGAGACUGCAGUGAAAAUCCACUGGAUACUGUUUGUAAACGAAUAAAAGAACUGGGAGAAAUAUUCUGUGAGAAAUAUGCGCAACCAUCGGAGGACCAUCCUGGUUCCCAUAUUGACUUUGCAAAGCGCCGUUUUUGUAUGGCGGAAAGUCUCUACUUCAAGGCACUCGAAAAUAUUAUGCAAGCUGAGAAAAAAAGACUUGGAGCUAAAUUUGAUUUAACAAGUCUUCUCAGCCACGAUGUAUUCCAUAAAUCACUUUUUGCUUGUUGUCAAGAAGUAGUGAUUUUUUCCUAUAAUUCUCAACGAACAUUCCCCUGGGUAAUAGAUAUCUACCACCUUGCGCCAUAUCAUUUCUAUAAAGUUAUAGAAUUAUUAAUUCGAGCCGAAGAUGGUCUGUCAAGAGAUGUUGUGAAACACCUCAACCACAUAGAGGAACAAAUAUUAGAGAGCCUUGCCUGGAAAUACGACUCGCCGCUUUGGGAAGCAAUGAGAGAGUCAGGUUUGGGUGUACCCACGUGUGAAGAAGUGACCCUCCCCCACCAGACUGAUAAUGGUACAACCCAGUCACAGCCAUCCCAGCAAGCAUCACAAGUGAUGGGAUCACCACUGAUGCAUCCCAGGGUGAAGAGGCUUGCAACCAUGGAACCAGUUCGUAGAGACGUUCCGCAGUCGCCGAUGUCUGUACUAGAUAGAUUCAGCUCGCCGCAAGCUGGCAGCGCAAGGAGACGGCUAUUCAACGAUUCCUCUAGUACGUCGUCCUCACAACAACCAACCACAGAGACACCUCUUGUUUCAAUACAGCCAACACCCCCUCCGACCCCAGUGGUUAAUGCGGAUGCUGCAGCGGCUGCAGUUGCGCAGAGUGUUGCUGUUGCGGGACAAACUGUGAUUCCAGUCCAAGGCGUUCGGAAUGAGAAUGGUACCAUAACAUACAUUCCAGUGCAGUUAACUACAGGGUCCGUUUCAGCAUCGUCCAGUGUCGAGAUGUCGCCGUCUAAACAAGCACCGUCGGUAAAACCCAAAAGAACAGGGUCCCUUGGACUUUUCUUUAGAAAGGUGUACCAUCUUGCCAAUGUCAGGCUUCUUGAACUUUGCAACAGACUGGAAAUUGUGGAUGAUCUGAGACGCAAGAUCUGGACGUGUUUUGAACAUUCUUUAGUGCAUAGUGUUGAUUUAAUGAUGGAUCGUCAUUUGGAUCAGUUGUUAAUGUGUGCAGUCUACGUUAUCUGUAAGGUGACUGCGCAAGACCGAACAUUCCAGGAGAUUAUGAAAUGUUAUCGUCUUCAACCGCAAGCAGCCAGCCAUGUUUACAGAAGCGUCUUGUUGACGAGUAGAAGACGACAUAGUUCCAAUAGCAGUGAUGGCAGUAUGAGAAAUGGCACAAGUAGGCACGGAUCGCCUGUGCAACAAACAGGUAGCAACGGAUCAGGCAGCCCUGUUCAGAUCAGAUCUACUAGUACCCUUCCUGUGCCGCAGCCUAACAGUGCCCCUCCCACACCGACAAGACUAGCAGGUACUGGUUCUUGUUUUGAUGAUGAAGACCGGGGAGAUCUCAUAAAAUUUUACAACUCAAUAUUUGUUCGGAAGAUCCAGUUAUUUGCGAUGCGCUUCUCGGCGCAAAAUGGUGCAGCCGAAGGUGGACUGGAGGCGCCGCCAUUGUCCCCUCUCCCGUUGGUCAAAAGUCAUCCAGUAUCACCAAGAAGAGUGUCCAGCCAACAUCAAGUCUAUAUAUCACCACGUAAAAAUAGUACACCCUUGAGUCCUUCCAGUCGAAUGAUGUACUGCUUUAACAGGAGUCCUUCUAAGAACCUUCGUGACAUAAACAACAUGAUUAAAUCGGGUGAACGACCAAUCGGAAAGCGUGCUCUUUUACAAGAUGACAGCAGUGACAGUCCUUCAAAACGUCACUGCGCAGAGAACACGGGCAUUAAUCUCUUGAGACGCCUCACAGACGUGACUUCUGAUAGACAAGCCGCGUCCUCAACCCUAUAA